AAGCUUGGCCACGUCGUGAGCAUUCGAGAGUGUCCCUUGCCGUUUGGCCGGGUUCGUGUUUCAUUUCGCGGGCCAUCGUUGGGAUUAGCGAAAGAGGGGGUUUACGAUGAGCCCCGCCAGUGCUGACGUUAUCCAGGGCUAUCUGUCGCUGGUGCUAAUCUGUUUGGCACUGUUUCUGCUAUGGUUUGUGACGACGAUCGGAACCCGAUACUGGCAGCACUCCGGCGUGCCGUACGUCGAGGGCCUCCCGGUGGUGGGCAAUUUCCGCGACGCGCUGUUGAUGCGAAAAUCCAUGUUCGACGUGAUGGACGAGUUGUACGGAAACGAACGCGUCCGCAGUAGCCCCCUGUUUGGCAUCAGCAAGCUUAUCACGCCGACGAUCGUGCUGCGCGAUCCGGGCCUCAUCAAGCAGAUUCUCAUUAAAGAUGCGGCCUUUUUCUGCAACCGGACAAUGUGCACCGAUCCACAUGGCGAUCCGUUCGGGUACUACAACCUGCUGAUGAUCAAAAACCCGGAGUGGCGGCAGCUGCGCUCCUAUCUCACGCCGUCACUGAGCUUGAGUAAAAUCAAACAAAUGUACCAGCUGGUCGAUCAGGUCGGUUCGGAAAUGGUGGCAGCUCUCGACGCAUUGCCCCAGAUUCGGCCCCAGGCGCGGGAGACGGAAUUCAAGGAGCUGAGUGCACGCUACACGACCGACGUAAUCGCCAGCACAUUCUUCGGAAUACGGGCCAACUGUCUGCAGGACGCGGACUCCGAGUUCCGGCACUAUGGUCGAAAGAUCUUCGAGUAUGGGCCAGUGCGCGGCAUGACGAUGGCCUCGUUCUUCUUCAUGCCGGAGCUCGUGCCCUACCUGCGGUUGAAACUGUUCCCGGCGGAUACUGAGCUGUUCCUGAGGACGAUCAUCGAGGGGGAGAUCGCCCGCCGGGAGGAAAGUGGGCAGAGUCGGGGAGACUUUAUCGACUCACUGAUCGCACUGAAGAACAACAACGCAACACUGGGAGUGACUGAGAAAAUACCGCUCAAAGGGGACGUCCUGGUGGCACAGGCUGCCACGUUUUAUAUGGCCAGCUUCGAGACGACCUCAUCGGUUCUUUCGUUUGCGCUGUACGAGUUGACCAAGAACCCAAACAUUCAGGAACGGCUACGGGAGGAAGUGCGUUGUAUCGCGGCGAAGUAUGGACCGAACGUUCCGUACGAGGCCCUCAACAACGAGAUGCCCUACCUGGGAAUGGUGAUCUCCGAAACUGCACGACUCUAUCCGGUUCUUCCGUUUCUGGAACGCCAGUGCUCGUUACCGGACGGUGCGACCGGCUUCAAACUGGAGCCUUUCCACGAGUUUGUGGUUCCAAACAAGAUGCCGGUCCUGAUACCGAUCUAUGCGAUACAUCGCGAUCCGAAGUAUUUCCCGAAUCCUCAUCAGUUUGAUCCGGAGCGAUUCGCGAAAGAAAACCUUCACCAAAUACAACCGUGUACUUACAUGCCGUUCGGUGUCGGGCCGCGCACCUGUCUGGGGUCACAUUUCGGAACGCUGCAGAUUAAGAUUGCGCUCGUAAAGCUGCUUGCCCAGUACCGCAUCGAGCGAUCCGUUUCGACUCCGGAAACGUUAACCUAUCGCAAGAAUGCCUUUACCCUGCACUCGAACGAAGGACUGUACGCAGAACUACACGAAGACCGUUUGGUCCAAGAGCACGUAUAAUGAAACUUAACUCAAUCCAUUCGGUUUUAUUUCCUGCCACAAUAAACGUACAUUCACA